AUGGCGCAGAAGGGAAAUAAGGCAGACGGAAUGAAAUUCUGUUGUUCGAUCUGUCUGGAUCUACUGGAGGAUCCGGUGACUAUUCCCUGUGGACAUAACUACUGCAUGAGCUGCAUCGAAUCUUUCUGGGAUGACGAUAAGAAAAGAGUGCACAGCUGUCCUCAGUGCCGGGAGACUUUCAUACGGAGGCCUGCACUGGUGAAAAACACCAUGUUGGCAGAGUUAGUGGAGGAACUGGAGAAGACCGGACUCCGAGCUGCUCCAGCUGAUCACUGCUACGCCGGACCUGGAGAUGUGGCCUGUGAUGUCUGCAGCGAGAGGAAGCUGAAAGCCGUCAAGUCCUGUCUGAAUUGUGUGGCUUCUUACUGUGAGCAACACCUCCAGCCUCACUACGAAUCUCCUGCUUUUCAAAAACAUAAACUUGUUGACGCCACCGUUAAGCUUCAGGAGACCAUCUGCUCCGGUCACAAUGAGGUGAUGAAGAUCUUCUGCCGCACUGAUCGGCAGUGUAUCUGUUAUCUGUGCUCCAUGGAUGAACAUAAAGGCCACGACACAGUCUCAGCUGCAGCAGAAAGGACACAGAAGCAGAAGGAGCUUGAGCUGAGUCGGCAAAAAAUCCAGCAAAGGAUCCAGAACCGAGAGAAAGAUGUGAAGGUGCUUCAGCAGGAGGCGAGAGCUAUAAAUUGCUCUGCUCAUAAAGCAGUGAUGAACACCGAGAAGAUCUCCAGCGAGCUGGUCCGUCUUAUCAAGAAAACAAGCUCGGACGUGAAGAAGCAGAUCAGAUCUCAGCAGAGAACUGAAGCGAGUCGAGUCAAAGAGCUUCAGGAGAAGCUGGAGCAGGAGAUCACUGAGCUGAAGAGGAAAGACGCCGAGCUGGAGCAGCUCUCACGCACAGAGGACCACACCCAGUUUCUUCAGGGUUACCCUUCAUCGUCACAACUUCCUGAGUCUCCAGACUCACCCAGUGCAAAAAUCCAUCGUCUGCGGGACAUCGAGGAUGCGAUAGUUGCUAUGACAGCAGCAAGAGAUCGAAUACAGGCUGUUGUUAGUGAGGUCUUCAUCAGACAAUCACCGACAGACACAGACGUGGAUGUUUUGCCCACGACUAGAGCCGAGUUCUUACAAUAUUCAAGUCAUAUCACACUGGAUCCGAACACAGCGAGCGCCGGGCUGAUGUUAUCUGAUGGAAACAGAAAAGUUUCAAAGACUGAAGGGCAGUUACAAUCCAGUCACCCAGAGAGAUUCACCGGUUUGUCUCAGGUGAUGAGUGAGAACGAACUGACCGGGCGUCGUUACUGGGAGGUGGAGAGGAAAGGGAAAGUUUCAAUUGCGGUCACCUACAAAAACAUUAGCAGAACAGGAGAGUUCACUGCGAGUGCAUUUGGAUACAAUAAUAAGUCUUGGGCGUUAACGUAUGACAACAGUUACACGUUCAGACACCACGCCUCCGAUUUCAUUACAGGCUCUCAGCCCUCCAGAGUGGGAGUGUACCUGGAUCACAGCGCAGGUGUUCUGUCCUUCUACAGCGUCUCUGAAACCAUGACUCUCCUCCACAGAGUCCAGACCACGUUCACCCAGCCGCUCUACGCUGGACUCUGGCUUCACGGUUCUGAUGGAGACGCUGCCGAGUUGUGCAAGCUCAAGUAAGAUUAAGAAAUCAACAAGACAGAGGAGUUGGUGAUCUACUGGAGCCCGGACACUUUGGUCACCGAGGAGAUAACAAGUUAUUGCAGAAAGAAUAUGGUAGGUAAUCUUCUUAGUGGCUUUUAAAAUGGAUAAAAAAAACUACUUCAGGUGUAUGAAAAGUAAUAAAAAAAACAUAAUGUGAUCCUGAAAGGAAUCUUAUAUUAUAGUGAUUAAAAUGGCACUUAGAUAUAUUUAUAUAAAUUAUAUAAACGUCUUUGAGUUGCUAAGGUGAGGCGUGACUUCUGUGACACCUCGACCAAGAUCACUGGAGUUAUCUUCUCAUUAGAUCUCGAACUUUAAUGUAAUGUCUCUUAUGUUUCACUCUAUGCACUGAUUUUUGUUAAACUACACUGCUCUUCAAUCAAUGAUCUAUCUUGUUAAUAUUAUGCUUCAGUUGUUGCAGUAGGUUUACAUGAUUAUUACUUGAUCAAUCAGUGCAUUAGAGCUGCAAGGAUUAGUUGAUUAAUCGAUCAACAGAAAUAGUUUUCAGCUUCUGAAAUGUGAAGAUUUUGUUUAUAAUAUACGACAGUAACUGAAUAUCUUUGGGUUUUUAUUUGCACUGUUGAGCAAAUAAAGCAAUUUGAACUGCUUGAGAUUAUAAUGGGUAUAAUGGAUAAUUUUCACUAUUUUCAAUUUAUAGAUAAAAUGAUUAAUAAAGAAAAUAAUCAGUGGAUUAAUUAAUAAUGAAAAAACUCAUUACUUGCAGCAAUGCAACACAUACUUUUGUGAUCGCUGUAUUUCUGUUUAAUACUUUUUAUGUGACGUCUAUGAUAAUUGUUGACCACCCCUCCGUCUGUCAGUGUCGUCCUGGUGUAUUUGAAUUACUGUUUGUAUAAUGGUGUUGGGAAAUUAAUUUAGUGUGUGGAAACAUUGUGGUAGUGAA